AUGGCUGGAGGUGUCGUCGUCACAGGCACCACUGACGUGGGCCGUGUUGAGGCCCCUGUUACCAUCAAGGCCUAUCUGAUCUGUGCCUUUGCGGCCUUUGGUGGUAUCUUUUUCGGCUAUGAUACCGGUUGGAUGGGUGGUGUGCUGGCCAUGCCAUACUUCAUCUCUCUGUACACUGGAAUCCCUUACGAUUAUAACGUCGUAAAUGACGAUGGCACGAUCGGUGCCCCUAUCGGCGCUAACAAGUCAGCUUUCGUCCUUCCCUCUUCCACACAGUCUCUAUUCACAUCUAUCCUGUCAUGCGGAACCUUCUUCGGUGCUCUUGUCGGUGGUGAUAUUGCGGACUUCAUCGGUCGACGUCCUACCAUCAUUGUGGGAUGCUUUGUCUUUACUAUUGGCUGCAUCUUGCAGAUUUCUAGCAGCAAUCAAGAGGUUCUCUUCGUCUUUGGUCGCCUAAUCGCUGGUGGUGGCGUUGGAUUUAUAUCUGCUGUUGUUAUCCUAUAUAUGUCUGAGAUUGCCCCCAAGAAAGUUCGUGGUGCUAUGGUCAGUGGUUACCAAUUCUGUAUUACGAUAGGCAUCCUUUUGGCCAACUGUGUCGUUUACGCCACGCAAUCACGGCCAGAUUCGGGUUCUUACAGGAUUCCCAUCGGCGUCCAAUUCCUUUGGGCUAUUAUCCUUGGUACCGGUUUAUUUAUCCUUCCCGAAUCUCCGCGUUACUUCGUCAAGAAGGGGAAGAUCGAGGAGGCCGCUAAAGCGCUUGCGUUCGUCCGUGGUCAGCCUUUAGAAUCCGACUAUGUCAGGGACGAACUGGCAGAAAUCGUUGCCAAUAACGAAUUCGAGAUGCAACAUAUUCCUCAGACUUCCUACGUUGGUUCUUGGACUGCUUGUUUUAAGGGUUCCCUUGCGCAUGGUAAUAGCAGUCUUCGACGAACCAUCCUCGGCGCUGGUCUCCAGUGCAUGCAGCAAUGCACCGGUAUCAACUUCAUCUUCUACUUCGGCCCUCCAUUUCUUAAGCAACUAGGAACGAUAAAAAAUCCCUUUCUCAUUUCGCUCGUUACGACGCUCGUCAACGUUUUGUCAACACCUAUCUCGUUCUACACCAUUGAGAAAUUCGGACGUCGUGCCCUUCUGCUUACUGGUGCUAUCGGCAUGAUCAUCUCUCAAUUCAUCGUUGGUGCCGUCGGUGUCACCCAGGGACGAGAGGAGGUUCACAACGACGCUGCUGUCCAAGCCAUGAUCGCCUUUAUCUGCAUUAACAUUGCCUUCUUCGCCACAACGUGGGGACCAACGGCCUGGGUUGUAGUUGGCGAGGUUUUCCCAUUACCCAUACGAUCUCGUGGUGUUGGUAUCUCCACCGCGUCCAAUUGGUUCUGGAAUACCAUCAUCGCCGUCAUCACACCUUACCUAGUUGGUGCAGAUGAGGCCAAUCUAGGACCAAAGGUUUUCUUCCUAUGGGGAUCUCUAUGCUGCCUUUCCCUGACGUUCGCCUAUUUCCUCGUACCUGAGCUCAAGGGUCUAUCUCUUGAGCAGGCCGAUAUGUGUAUGCAGGAAGUCAGCCCCCGCCAUUCAGCCAAGUGGAAGCCGAGCCACACCUUUGCUGCAGAGAUGCACCAUGUAGAGGACAAUGCGGCCCUUGUUGGAGAUACUAUCGAGGAGAAGGUGUAG